AUGUGGCGCCUCUUGUGCGGCUCUCGCUUAGUUCGGUUCGCAGUCUUCUGCGCCGCUGUGAUGCCUCCCAGCCAGGGCCUGGGAGAGCGUCCCGUGAGGUUGGCCUACACCCGCGAGUCAUCAGAGCGCCGCCACCGCCGACGGGUGGCGCUGUAUCGCCUCCAGGCUGCCGUACAGGAGGCUCGUUCCGAGCUGGCGGCAACUCGACGUCGGAUCGUUGAGGAGGUCCGACGGCGGCAGGAGCUGCAGCACCAGGUGGAGGAGGUGGAGCGGGCCAGACAGGCCGGUGCGGGUGGCGGUUACUGGGUACCUGCAGCAGUGCAGCAGCACUUCAAUCGCGUGGUGACCCAGGGGUCGGUUGUAGAUGUAGGUAACUCAGUUGCCGCCGGGAUGGGUUUGGUGUGUGUAUGUAUGUAUGUAUGUGUGUGUGUAUGUGUGUAUGGCGGCCACAUCCCGGCUGCAGUCUCUGAGACAAGAGCUACUGCUGACUCGACAGCGCCCCCGGCUACUUCUACUCGCAUUGGCAGCUUUCUUCCCAUAUACUGCAACUUAAGAGACUUCAACUUAUUUUCUGCUACCUCAUUCCUGGACGACGAGUGGGCUCGUCGGUAA